ACAUCAUGUCUGACAACACGGACAUCACCCCGGAAAAUAACACCAACAACACCAGUAGAAGACUGUCCAGGCAGCAAGUCCUAACAAUGAUUUCAGCCGCCUCUCUGAACUUUAGCUCCAUGAUAUGUUACUCCAUUUUGGGACCCUUCUUUCCUCAAGAGGCAGUGAAGAAAGGUGUCAGUAACACAAUGAUCGGCGUCAUAUUUGGCAGCUUUGCAUUGUGUAAUUUUGUAAGCUCGCUAAUACUAGGAAAAUAUAUUGUUCAGAUUGGAGCAAAAUUUAUGUUUGUGGCUGGUUUAACCAUUUCUGGAGUUGCCACAAUUCUUUUUGGAUUGCUCGACAAAGCACCUGACGGAGCAAUAUUCAUAGCAUUGUGCCUUAUCUUGAGAUGCGUGGAUGCUGUGGGCUUUGGUGCUUCAAUAACAGCAUCAUCUUCUAUUCUGGCGAAGGCAUUUCCUAACAAUAUAGCCACUGUAUUUGGCUGUCUUGAAAUUUUCACUGGGCUGGGUCUCGUUUUGGGUCCUCCAGUCGGCGGGAUUCUCUAUCAAACAUUUGGAUACGAAGUUCCAUUUAUUACAAUUGGCUGUUUUCUCCUGUUAAUUGUCCCAGUCAAUAUCUUUGUCUUGCCAACAUAUGAUGAUUUACCUGGGAAAAAUUCUUUUUUGGCUUUAGUCAAGCUGCCAAAGAUUAUAAUACUGUGUGUUACUGUAUAUUCAUUGGGUGCAUCUUUAGCAUUUUUGGACCCAACCAUGUCCCUUUUUCUUAUAGAAACAUUUAACUUGAACGCCAGUUAUGUUGGCUUAGUGUUUCUCGGACUCGCUUUAUCGUAUUCACUAAGUUCACCACUUCUUGGAGUAGUAAGCGACAGAUUACCCGAAUUGAGGAAGUGGCUUCUUAUUUUUGGCAGCCUUGGUACCGCAUUGUGUUUUUUUAUGUUAGGACCUGCACCUAUAUUCCACAUUGAAAGUAAAUUGUGGCUGUUUAUCUUCGUACUGGUCUUGGAUGGAUUUUGUAUUGGUCUUUCUUCUAUACCAGUUUUUCCAGAAAUGCUCAGUGCAGCAUAUGAGAAUGGCUUUGAAGAAGGCCUUAGCACCAUGGGCUUGAUAUCUGGACUGUUCACUGCAGUGUGGUCAACAGGAUCAUUUGUGGGCCCAACGCUUGGUGGAUUUCUAAAUGAGAAGUUUCAUUUUCAGUGGGCAGCUGCCUUUCAGGGACUUCUACCUUUAGUGUCUUUUGUGCUGAGUUUAACAUUUUACUCCUGGGAGGCAAAGAGAAAGAAAAAAAGGUCUAGUUCAUUGGAAACUAACAGCACAGUUCAAGAAAGGGAACCUUUGCUACCAGAAGAAUAACGCCAAGUGAAAACUUUUGUUUUACUUUAUUUUUUAUUUUAUUUUUUACAGUUUAUGUUGACAUUUUGUUUUUGUUUUAAUGACUUUUGUAUUUAUACAAGUCUUUCAUCCUGUAGAAUUUCUAUUCUAGUGAUUGAAUUGUCGGUUAGGUCAUAUCUUACAGUUGUGCAUAACAAUUAUGGUAAUUUCCAGGUAGCCAGUUCAUCAUCACAUGGAUGGGAGCUGAUCGCUUCGCCCAUAUUAACUCAUCUUUUACCAGGUGCUUCCUUCUAAUGCUAGCUACCCAAACCUACCACAACCUGACAUUUUAUAAUGCUGAUACUUUUAUUUGAGUUUUUCUGAAAUGCAGUUUAGCAUUUAAUUUAAUAUAUAAACUGCCAAUAUUUUUGACAUCUUAUUGAUUUAAACGGGUUAACCAGGACUUAGGAUAGGUCAUAAAUAUCAGGUUGGUGGAGGCCCAACUCCCGGCCCCUGCCAAUUGGCUGUAUGAAGGGGGCUGUGAUGCCCUCCUACAAGUGCUGCGGCCUCUUCAUAGUAUAUCAACCAAAGCAUUGUAUGGCUGUUGUGCUCGGUAUUGCAGCACAAUCCCAUUCAGUUGAAUCAAACCAAGGUGCAGAAAGAACAUGUGAUCAAUGGACGUGAAGUGUCCAGGCUAGGAAGGUCAGAUCAGCCCUUCCAACAGCUGAUUGAUAGGUGUGCCAAAAGUUGGACCCCCACUUAUCAGAUAUUUAUGACCUAUCCUGAGGAUAGGUCAUCAAUAGUUAACCUAUAAAGAUUAUUUUCAAAAUGUGAUUCUUAUAAAAUUAUGAUUAAAAGGGUCGUUCAUGACAAAAAGCCCUAAAAUAAAAACCACAGUGCCUUUUAAACUGAAUUUUUCCUGCUGAUGAAAGUCAGAAGAAAAUGACAAAGGUACCAUUUGAACCAUGGAUAGGUAUGCUAAAGAGCCAUGUAAGCUGUGUAUAACGUCAAAUUUUGGUGACAGACUCCCUUUAAAUUCUCUGCUGCUACAGCCCCUGUGGUACUCCGAUGGUCUUUACUGUACAUUUUAGAAAUUAUGAUAUUCCAGUGCGACACCUGACCACAUCAACUAGUCCUCAGCGGUAAUGCAAGAAAGGAAACAAAUUAACAUUUAAUUUCAUUUUUAGCCUGUUAACAUUACAUUUGAGCAAAAGCUUGUGUAAUAUAUACCGUAUACGUCAAAUGUGUCCAAAAGGCUUCAGCGUUUCUUUUCGGCCUGUGUUGUGCUGGUACGAUAUAUGUCAAUAUACUGUACCUUAUUUUACUGUUUAGAAGGCAGCUACUCUUUUCUGCCCAGAGGGAUCAGUGUAUACAUAUUUUACAAUCGGAGUCAAGGGGCAACCUAUGCCACUGUAUGCCUACAGUCAUGAAGUACAUACAUUACAUACUUUUUUUAUGUUUUAACUUUUAUUGACAAAUACAUUGUUUCUGCAAAAGUUUUUGUAAUUCCCCCUGGCAUGCUGGAUAUCAGCUUUUUGGCCAAACCCUCACUCAUGACGGCCAAUUCUUGAAUAUUCAGUCUUUGGAGUUUAUCACAAUCUAUCUGUUUUUGUGUGUCCACUUGCUUUUUGAGGAUUAAACACAGGCUCUCAAUGGGAUUGAAAUAUGGGAAUUUUCCUGGUCAUGGACCCAAAAUUUCAAGGUUUUUUUCACUGAGGCACUCCGUUUUAACUUUUGCCUUGUGACAUGGUGCUGCAUAAUGCUUGAAAAGGUAUUGUUCAUUAUCAGAUUUCUCCAGGAUUGUUGGGAGGAGUUGCUCUUGGAGGAUGUUUUGAUACCAUUCUUUAGUCAUGACAGUGUUCUUAGGCAAACAUUUGAGUGAG